AUUCAACAUGAAUUUCAUCGUCUACCUUCUCGCCCUUAUCGCCUGUGUUGCUAACUUCGGGUUCUGCCAGAAUAUUCAGGAUGCGGCCUCAAAUAUUAUUGGACAAGGAACAAGAGCUAUUCGAGGAUUUUCUCUGUUUUUACCACAUUAUAACAAUGGUCCUCUUCUUGUGUUCAAGCAAGGAGGAGCUACAAACGGUAUUCUUGAAGGCGGGGCUGAAAGCGACGGUCUUUUUGAAAUAGGAGUUGGUAAUCAAAGAGAUCAUGACACAGAUUUCAUUGCUGAAUCAGCAAUUUGA